AUGGUAAAUUGGGUAGCUAAUUUUUCUGGCGCUGAGUUGUCUAGGGUUAUCUUCAUCGUUAAAAGUUUUAUUGACAUAGUGAAGAUUGCGCUACCGCCAUCUAAUUCCAUCCAGCCAACUUUUAAACAAGAUCCAAUUCUACUUCACGGGGUAUUUGAUGUUCAUUACAACCAGGCCUCUGUCCCUGAGUUCUGGAGUGAUCACCCUUUAGACAUUUAUGAAGCUUUCGCCCAACAUUCCUUCAAGACUCUGGACACAUGUAACAACGUUUGUCCUCGAGGUGCACCAGUGUGCACAGCUAAAACAAACCAAGAGUUUAGAGACCUCAUACAGGAAGAUUUGAUACAACAGAAGCCUUUUCUAGACAGAGGGCAGUAUGUUUACAGCUGGGAGAAAAAAUAUUUAAGUUACCCGCCCCUGACUGACACCAAGACGCUGCCUAGUCUGACGUUGUCAAGGGUGACGGUGAAGAACGUCACAAAGGGCGUGGUGACGUGUCACGUGUUCGAGACGAUACAGGGUCGGCUGGAUGUCGUGAAUGGCUACGGGCGUCAGAGAACUAAGGGAGACGAUGUUGUCAGGGUUUGGAUGAAGGGAGACAAUAACAUCAAGGACGAUAAUAACACAGACUAUGCAUCUGUUGGUGACGUCACAGACCUUGGGAAUGGGAGCUAUUUGUAUUCAGUGAAAUGUUUAUGGACAGGAAACUCUUCACUCAACGUUGCCAUUUCCUACCCCCGAGAGUUUAUUAGAGUCGUCAUUCAUCAGAUUCAUGUGGGCGUGGCCAGGUACAUGACAGGUGAAUUUGUCAAAGGCAAUAUCAAAGAGAAAACAGUGAAAAUAGGUGCCGUGCCUGGCUGA